AUGAGCGCCGCAUCUAUAUCAAAGCUCCACCGACAUCCCCUUUCUCAGAAGCGUGGGGCCAAUACCGUCUUGAGGUUGACAAUUGCCGCUGGCACAAAGCCUCAAAAGGAAGAGUUGAGGGGCGCUGGGUUCGCGCACUAUGGGGUGGAGAACUCUACCAGGAGAGACGCUCAGACACAACUGGAAGUCAAGUCGUUCGAGCAGGUGGAAGCAUGGGCGCAGCGUGCUGUCCACGUCCAUACCCCAUCAGAGAGCGAAGCAGACCAGAGCUUGGAUGAGCGUGUUGAGGUGAUGCGGGCUUCGCUGGGGACACAACCGUUGACGGUGAGUGAAUGUGCCAAGGAAUGGCAUCUCGUCUUGUCAGGCCGUCCAGACGAACAGCAAAAGGUGGGUAUUCUAGUCUACUGUGCCCAUACCAUCUCGGAUGCACACUCAGAAAUGCUCGUGGUGCGUCAACAAAUGGAGUACCUAGCCAAACUGGACGAAGUACCUUGGCCCCUGCCGGGCGAUCACGCCCUGCAUCCGCGACAGCUGGCCUGGGGUUCGGAAUUGGACCGCCUUCCGUGCUCUCUCAUUGAGAUGCUUGGUGUUCCAUUCGAUGCUUUUGAUGUCAAAGAUGCCUUUCGGCGUAUUGACCUUGUUUUGAAGGCCUUUUCGAUCCGUCUAGACGAAGGUCGUCCCAAGGACGAUCCUGUGUUGACGGAAACGUUCCACAUGCGAUCGAUGUUUACACCUGAAGAAACGUUAGCUCUCCGAUGCGCUGCUCGAGCACACGGCUGGUCUGUGACGCAGAUCGUGGAUGCUGCGCGCCAUAUGGCCUAUAUGGAAGUCCGUCGCGCUUAUCUGGAAAAGUGGCGCUGGUAUCCUAUCGAGGAGCGGCUACACACAGACUUUCUAGUACCGGUGGAUGCCCGAUGUGAUUUUGUGGAACCAUUUUGCGAUAAUCCAAAUGGAUAUGCGGGAAAUGCUACUGGGGGUUUUGCGACAAGCAUCCCUCUUGCCGAUCCGUACUUUGUGCCUGCACAAAAGGAACUCGACGUGGAUGAAUCGAAGCCAUUGCACGAGCUCAGUCAAGUCAAAGUGUUGGCCUACGUCACCGAAAAAUUGGCUACACAGUACCGCGCGAAUAUUAAAAAAAAUGUACAACGUGCUCGAUCAGCCACCCCCCUCUUUGUCCUGUCAGGACUCUUUCUUCCGACAUACCCGGGCGACUCUCUCGCGCCGGAAGGAUACAGUUCUGUGGGUAUUUUGGACAAGCUCCUCCCUCGCACCUACCAGCUACCAGGCCACAAGGAACCCAUUCGUGUCAAUGACUGGUUUGUCAGUCUUGUGAUGUCACGUCAUCUUGGCAGCUUGCAGUUCUCAUUCCAUAUCUGGACUUUUAUGGAUUCCUUACAGCUCUCCGUCAUAUAUACACCUCACAUUGGAGAGCAAAAAACGCGCCUCUUCCUUGAUACCAUCCGUUCCACGCUCAAACUGUUCAUCAUGGCAUAUGAACAGCAUGGAAGGCCCAUCCAAGUUCCUGCACAGCCUCCCACGCCACUGAUUCAAACACCCUCUACAUUGUGGGAGCGCGUGACGGCGUGGUGUCUAAGCUGGUGGACACAUUAA